AUGGCACGUCUUCUACGUAAUACAACGUUUGGACAAUCACCCAGACAAAUGCAAGAUGGUCCCACCGCUCAAGAUGCACCGAUGGUUGAUACAGCUGAACAAGUUUAUAUAUCAUCAUUAUCUUUACUUAAAAUGUUAAAACAUGGUCGAGCUGGUGUACCAAUGGAAGUGAUGGGAUUAAUGUUAGGAGAAUUCAUUGAUGAUUAUACAGUUCGUGUUGUCGAUGUUUUUGCGAUGCCACAAUCUGGCACUGGUGUUAGUGUUGAAGCUGUUGAUCCAGUUUUUCAAGCUAAAAUGCUUGAUAUGUUGAAACAAACUGGUCGACCUGAAAUGGUCGUUGGUUGGUAUCAUUCUCAUCCAGGUUUUGGUUGUUGGCUAUCUGGUGUAGAUAUGAAUACUCAACAGAGCUUCGAAGCUUUAACUGACCGUGCAGUGGCUGUUGUCAUUGAUCCUAUUCAAAGUGUGAAAGGCAAAGUUGUUAUAGAUGCAUUUCGUUUAAUAAAUCCGCAAACAUUUAUUCUUGGCCAAGAUCCUCGACAAACGACAUCAAAUUUAGGUCAUUUAACAAAGCCGUCUAUUCAAGCAUUGAUUCAUGGUCUCAAUCGUCAUUAUUAUUCGAUAUCUAUAAAUUAUCGAAAAAAUGAUUUAGAACAAAAAAUGUUGCUUAAUUUACAUAAAAAAUCUUGGAUGGAUGGUUUAUCUAUUGAAGAUUUUAAUAAACAUAAUCAAGAAAAUAGUAAUGUUAUUAAGCAAAUGCUUGAUCUAUCAAACAACUAUAUCAAAUCAUUAGAAGACGAAGAAAAAAUGACACCAGAACAAUUAGCUAUAAAGAAUGUUGGAAAACAAGAUCCUAAACGACAUUUAGAAGAGAAUGUUGACGCUUUAAUGACUUCAAAUAUUGUUCAAUGUAUUGCUACUAUGAUGUCUUUAGUUAUAUUUAAAUAG